CGUCGUUCAACACUUCAUCCCACAAUGCAGCGUGAUGGUGUUGAAGAUGCGGAUACGAACGAAAACGGGGAGGAUAAUCCGUCUGGAAGUAACACAAAUCUCGCCAACAAUAGUACUGAAUCUCAACACAAAAGCGAAUCUUCCAAUGCAUUAAACCAACAACAGAGCAACACCAUUCAACCAGACCCCUUGGGGUCUGGUAAUGUUGUUGGCCAGUCUGAUAGCGUGCGAAAUAUACCCAAGCUGAACAUCGAUCGUAGCUCAAAAAAUGGAUCUCAAAUGCAGCUCGCCCAAUUGGCACCAGCUGUUGGUCACAAUAGUGGAAUUGGCGGGACGAGUAGCACGGUUAUAGACGAAGGUGAUACUAUCACUGUGAUCGAACAUCCCGCAAACAUUGAAUCAUCGGAAUCGUCUAAAUCCCCGCUCAGCGCAAUCAACGCCACGUCCGUGCGCCUUAGUCUGCUGCCCUGGAACAGCCACAACCGGUCGGCGAUCCUUUCAGCGAACAGUAACCAAGGUAGCAUAGCUGCUACAAUAGACAUGAUGGCCGCAUCGGACGGCACCCUUCGACCGGGGGAGAUUGUGAUGCGCACGCUGUUCACCGACUUUACCAUACAGGCGGAAAAGAAAAUUGAAAGUGUCAUGCUGGAUGGAUCCGAUAAAAACUUGCCAAAGUUACUGCAGCGCGGCGAAGAUUAUCAGUUCGAUCAGCUUCUGCAGGCCCUUGGCUCGGUCGCAGAGCACUGUUUGCCGUCGUUGUUGAAGGCGCUGCUGGCUUGGUACAAGCAUCAAAUUUGUGAUAAGAACAUUAAGCGGGAUCUGCAAACGGGGAUGGGCUCAUCUUCCCACCACUCGACGGCCAAAUCGGGACUGGAUUUGGAUUAUCAACUGUUGCGGCGCGAAGCGGCAGUAGAGUUCAUCUUUUGUCUCGCAUUGAUUGAGAUAUUGCGCCAGUUUCCGUUCCAUCCCGGGCAUGAUGAUAUUACGAAGCAAAUUGAAAAUCUUGCCUUUCGUCAAUUCAAGUACAAAGAAGGUGCACAAACUGCGCCAAAUGCAAACGAUAACUACCGUAUUGCUGACCUCUACGCCGAGGUCGUAGGCGUGCUAGCCCAGAGUCGGUUUUCUUCUGUGCGAAAGCGUUUCAUGACGGAGUUGAAAGAGCUGCGCAGCAAGGAACCGAGCCCGUUCACGACGCACAGUAUUAUCAGCCUGCUCAUGGGUAUGAAGUUUUUCCGCGUAAAAAUGGCUCCAAUUGAGGAGUUCGAGGCUUCGUUUCAGUUCAUGCACGAGUGCGCUCAAUACUUUUUGGAAGUGAAGGAUAAGGACAUAAAACACGCCAUGGCUGGGUUAUUCGUGGAGAUUCUGGUCCCGGUGGCGGCAACCGUAAAGAACGAGGUGAACGUACCAUGCGUGAAAAACUUCAUUGAUUUGCUGUACUCGCAAACCCUAGACGCGUGCACAAAGUCAAAGCAUAAGCUGGCCCUCUUUCCCUUGGUGACGUGCCUGCUGUGCGUUUCGCAGAAAUCGUUCUUUCUCAGCAACUGGCAUUGCUUUUUGGCAAUGUGCCUAAGUAAUCUGAAAAACAAGGAUCCAAAGAUGAGCCGCGUCGCGUUAGAAUCCCUGUACCGUUUGCUGUGGGUCUACAUCAUAAGGAUCAAAUGUGAAUCGAAUUCUGCCACACAUUCACGUUUACAGAGUAUCGUAAACUCGCUAUUUCCUCGCGGUUCCAAGGCGGUUGUUCCGCGGGAUACCCCGCUUAACAUAUUCGUGAAAAUCAUUCAGUUUAUUGCGCAAGAACGGCUCGACUUUGCAAUGCGCGAGAUCGUGUUCGAGCUGUUGUGCGUUGGCCGUCCGAUCAAAAUCAUUAUGACACCGGAGCGCAUGAGUAUUGGGCUGCGAGCUUUCAUGGUGGUAGCGGAUUCGCUGCAACAGAAAGACGGUGAGCCACCAAUGCCGCGGACAGUUGGAGUCCUUCCGUCUGGCAACACGCUGCGAGUGAAGAAGACUUACCUGAACAAAAUGCUCACCGAAGACACGGCUCGCAGCAUCGGAAUGUCUAACUAUUUUCCGCAUGUGCGCCGCGUAUUCGUCGACAUUUUGCGUGCACUUGACAUUCAUUGCGGCCGACCAUUGAUGAUGACGGUGAUACAGAACCAAAACAAAGAGCUAGAAGAAAUGCUAACGGGUGAACGAAAGCCUCGAAUCGACUUGUUCCGGACGUGUAUUGCGGCGGUACCCCGCCUUACACCGGACAACAUGACAGGGCACGAGCUGGUCGAUAUGUUGUCUCGUUUGACAAUCCACAUGGAUGAAGAGCUACGUGGGCUAGCCCAUCAGUCGCUGCAAAUUCUUGUCUGUGAUUUUCCUGAGUGGCGUCAGGACGUGAUUCAAGGAUUCACCCAAUUUUUGGCGCGAGACGUCGUCGAUACCUUCCCUCAGCUGUUGGACAAUGGGUUACGCAUGCUGUACGCAUUCUUGACGGUCUGGCGAAAUUUGCUUGGUACAGGAAACAACAGUAGCAGUAAUAGUAACACCCUCAACACCAAAGUGGGACCAGCAGGAAUUGGAGGUCCUCUAGGGCCAACGGCCACCGGGCGUGGAGCAAACCAACAUGAGACAGCGGGGGUACCAAAACCAAACCCCGUUCAUACCCUUGUGAAUCCAUCGCUGAACGUUGCAACGAUAAAUUCCAACUCGAGUGGUAGCUCAGGCAUUUCAUCUAUAACACAAACAACAACAACGACUGCUGGUUUGCUUGGAGGAGUGGGCACAAAUAGUAGCAGCGGAAUUGGAGGUACUGUUGGCGGUGCUUCAUCUACAACGGGAGGCGCAAAUGAUACGACUGCGGCUGGUGGAAAUGCGACUAGCGGUAAAAAAGGACACGAACAACCGCUUGCCACGACCAUGCACAUGGUGGAAGGUUUGGCAUUGGUUAUGCUAUGCAAUUGUCGGUCACAGCCCCGUAAAUUUGCUGUCAGCAUUUUGAAAGAGGUGAAAAUGUUGAAGAAAUUGUUGGGCAUUCCUGAAACAGAGCCUGCUUUGAUUGACGUUAUUGACAAGUGUUGUCCACAGGUUUUGGAGAAGUGUUUGCAUAUGUUACCGCAAACGGAUCGCACUGCGAUGUUGAACGCGAAUGUAAUCGACUUGCAGUGGAUCGUUGAUCGUAACAGUGGGGUAUGGACUACAGGUCACGUUGAAGAAUCAACAAAGGCUUCGUCCACAUUGAAUCUUUGCUUAUCACAACCAGCCCUGGGUCAAGCAUAUGAUCCUUGGAGUGUGUGUUUAUUCGGCUUCAUGGAACGCACACGUGUUCUACAGCAGUGUCCUUCGGUGGUGGCUCAAGCGUGGCCUAUUUGCUAUCAACGUGUUUCGAGCUUGUUCAACGUGAUUGAUCCAACGCCUGUGAAUGACAAUCGUGCAUCGCUUCUUCGCAGUUCCGCACCAACAAAGAAGCCACCUUCUGAAGCGCAACGUGAUUCGCUUGCCCAUUUAUGGAAAAAUCAGGUGGCAUUGGCGAUGCGUUUGAUUCCGCAGAUGCCUAGUGUUGCAGUACGCUGUGCCUCGCCCGAUCUAAGUCUAAGUCUGCAUGAUCAGUCGGAUUCCCGCUCGUUGUCCGACUCGUUGGACAAUAUACCGUCAUCCGUGUUUGGACCAGAAGGAAUCGUGACACGCUUCACUCUACCUCUAUCCUAUGGUCGCAAAGAUGCCAGACAUAAGAGACAAGGUUCUUCUCCGGAUUCCCUGUCUGCGGACCGAAGUGACAAAUCUAGUGGCACAACAGCAUCCCCCGUAGCACUUUACAAGCUGGUAAUACCGUUGUUACGCUGUGAAGUCGUCGAUAUUAGAGAUGCCGCCGUCAAUGCUCUGGGGAUGAUCAACCAUGACGCACUGAAAGACUUGAUGGAAGAGCUAGUCGUAUACAUCCGCGAAGCAAUCGAUAGAAAGCAAGAGAAUAUGCGACGGCGACGGCGUCGCGAUGCCCUGCGGUUGCAGUUGGUUCGGGUGUUGGAAAAGAUAGCAGAGAACGGCACGUUCGGUAUCAGCCAAUUCGUGUUGGAGCGUGAAACUAUGUCGCUGCAUCCAACUUUUGUCGAGUAUAUCGAUGGUGCGCGGUUGUAUUUGGAUGCAGAAACAGAUGGAAAGGAUAGCAGCAGCAUGCGUGAGGUGAAGAUACACUUCUGCGACUUCAUCCGCAAGAUGAUAAAAAAUUUCUCGCUCGAUUCCUGCGGUACUCUGUUAUCACGCGAGCUCAAGCGCAACUUGGUCAAUCUGUUCGUUGCGUGGAGUUUCUCGACAUAUGUUGUACCAUUUGGCCAUCAUGGAUCCACGCAUCAUGGUGGGCAUCACGGGGUUGGAAGUGGUGGAGGUGGUGGCAGUGGAAGUGGAAUUGGUGGUGGAGUCAGUGGUAUAGGUAGUGGAACAAUCGGAGUAAGCGUGUGGGGUGGUUCCAGCUCAACGGCGGGUGUCAGCGCCACCGUCAACGCCUCUGUUGCGGUUGAAGAGGAAAAAUUGCAAUUUAGCGCAUUACAGGCCAUGUCUGCCGUUCUAUGCUGUGGACCAUGUUUCGAUUCUGGUCAUCUUGCCGAAGACGGUGCUAUUUACAGUUGGUUGGAUAUGCUAAUGACAUCAAACGAUGAAAAGAUUUAUGAGCUGGCGAAAGAAACCGUUGUGCUUUUGCUUGAGUCGAAUCCAGAUAUAGGACAACUUCUUGAAUGGGUCAUCGAUCGGUGCUAUACGGCUAUUCCUCGCCAAUCAGAUGCUUGCUUCUUGGCGUUGGCAGUUAUCUUCAGCGCACGUGAAUAUCCAUGUGAUCACUAUACAUCUGUGAUCAACGUGACUUUGCUGAUGACUGGUUGCCCUAGAGUAGAAGUGCAUUCGACAGCGCUUCAAUUGUUACAGGUUCUGGAUAAGCGUUUCUUCGGAAACGUCGGACCGUUGCAUACAGAGACUGAUAAAGAGCCGGACAAAAUUGGAACAUUAGAUGCUGUGCUCAGUGGGGCUUAUUGUCGAUCGCAGAUGUAUCUCUCGCGACAGAUCGCGCGCCUUCGCCCAGAAUUGACGAUGUCCAUGUUUUCGGAAAUAACGUAUCGGUUCCAAACCGCGCGGACUGAAACUCGAGCUCUUUUGCUGCAGUGUUUACUACCCUGGCUGGAAAAUGUAGAGCUCGUAGCAUCGAGUGUACCACCUGCCACACCACUUUCUUAUAUUAUGUAUUAUCCCGAUUCUGGCACGCGAGGGCGCCGCGAAGGAUCCGGAUCAACAGAAGCAACGGAGAUGAUAUUGAACAAUUUGUUCUAUAUAACUGCCAAGUUUGCUGAUUCACAUCCAUAUAUAGAGGAACUUUGGGGUACAUUGUGCCAAUUUUGGCCAAACAAUCUCAAAGUUAUACUGCGUUACCUGCUAAUAAUAUCCGGAAUGGCUCCAAAUGAGCUGCUGGUCAAUGCAAAACGAGUUGCGUUAUAUCUCGCUCGCUCCUGCACUAAUAGGCUGCUGGAGGAACUAAUGAGUGAACUGCAAACCGUGGAAACUUUGAACUGCUUAAUUGAACGCACGGAAACUCCUCCAUUUUAUCGUUUAACGAGCAUGAGGAAAGCGUCCAGCCAUUCGGACGGGCCAGCUUCAGGAAAUAAUGAUCCGAAGGUGCAAGAUGUCGAUGUAGAAAAAGGUACCAUACAUACAAAGCGCCACAGCGGAGAGGAUCCAAUAAAGUCAGGCACAUGUAAAUCGGACAGCGCGCUGCGUACGUUUGCCAAUGCUCAAUACCGCCCUCCACGUGGUAGUGAUAAAAUUCGUACCGCUUCUGGGCCCUGCGUGUUACCGCGCCAUGAAGACGUAUUAAUGAUGAUGAACGAACCAGAGAUGAACCAAGAGGAUAAUUUCGUUCAAAUACGCACUGAGCAACCGACGGCACCACAUCCGCUGCCGAUGCCCGAGUACGGUGGUUACUUUGCACCGCUAACAGAAUUUCUACCGGAUACGAACAUUCCCAUCAGCGGUUUCCACCGGUGUAAUGUAGCAGUCAUGCUGUUAACCGAUAUCGUAGUGGAUGGAAUCCCGGGCCUGGACUGGACGUUGCACGUUCCACUGAUGCUGCAUAUUCUGUUCCUGGGACUAGACCACACUCGGAAAAUAGUGCGAGAUCACUGCAAGAAGCUGCUGCUGAAUUUAUUGAUUGUACUAGCGGAGCACAACGAUCAUUUAACGGUAGCAAAAAUAUUGCUAAAUAGCGAUACCUCAAAGUUACGGUUGGGUAUUGUAGUACCAUCGCUUCCCGUGAUCGAUCACAACUUUACCGAACCAGACCAGGAGUUCGAUAGCUACCUGUUCGGGUUCGGUUCGAACAGUGGUCCUGCACAGCAAUCGAUUCUAUCGCCUGCUUCCAAUCAACCGAACGAAGAAACUCCCGCUGUGCCGAUGAUCAUUACGGAGGAGAAUGCACCACCGCAACCGGGGCCGACAAUGCCGACGGCCCAUGUCAUCAAGAGUUUAAUAAAGUUCCUCUCACACGAGAGCAGCCAACAGCAGCCACUGUGGAACUACGAAGAUAUAACGGCGAAGGUUUGGAGCAUAAAGUCGGCGGAUCAAUUGCAGUGCUUCCUGCGGCAUAUCGUAAAGGCGUUCACGGACAGCUACCCACACGCUCGCAUUCCAGAGCGUUGGGCCCAGACUGCACUGCAACUAGGGCUUAGCUGCUCGUCGCGUCAUUAUGCCGGGCGCAGUCUGCAAGUGUUCCGCUCGCUCAAUGUACCAAUCAACUCGCGCAUGCUGUCCGACAUUCUGUCGCGGCUGAUCGAAACCGUUGCCGAGCAGGGUGAGGACAUGCAGGGCUACGUUACGGAGCUGCUCCUUACGCUUGAGGCCGCGGUUGAUAGCCUUGAUUCCGAUUUUCGACCGCUGGACGUGAUGAAGGAUAUCUUCAAGAGCACGCCCAACUUGAACAACAAGGAAGGUGGUGUCGUAUCGAGCAUGUACAGCAGCAGUACCAAGCGAUCUGCUGGUGACGGAGGUCACGGCAUGGUGGGUGGAUCUCCUGGCCAAAGCCUUCACAAUGCUGCGAGCGGAGGCCAUACGCGCAGUACUAGCUACUCGAUUUCGUACUGUUCGCGAAAGGCCGCCAAUUCACCGAUUGACAAGCAAAUCGAGCUGCGCAAUCGAAAUGCGGCGCUGGAGAUUGAACGGAAUGCCGCCAAGUUUGCGGCAGGCCAAACGUCACUGUCUCGAUCGCGUAGUGCGCAAAGCCUCAAGCUACUCGGUGAUACGGCUACGCAGGACGAUAAGAUGACGAUCUUGGCGCAGUUGUUCUGGCUCGCCGUUUCUCUGUUAGAGAGUGAUUAUGAGCACGAGUUUUUGCUCGCACUUCGGUUGCUGACGCGGGUGCUUCAUCGGUUGCCGCUGGAUCGUCCCGAUGCCCGGGACAAGGUGGAAAAGCUUCAACAGCAACUAAAGUGGUCCACGUAUCCAGGCGUCCACGCUCUGCUACUGAAGGGAUGUACACAUUCGGGUACCUACGAGGCAUCCAUAGCACUGCUUUCGCAGCUUACGCCGCUCCUGAACUUACCGGUGUGUGAUCCAACGCAAAGCUGUGCGUUUCCCAUGAACGUCAUCGCCCUUUUGCCGUACAUGUUGCUGCACUACGAGGAUGCGAACGAAAUAUGCAUUCGAAGCGCGGAGAACAUCGCUCAGGUGGCAUCGGAGAUGGGCCUUAAGCUGGAGAAUCUCGGUACAGUCAUGACGCUGUACAGCAGGAAGACGUUUAGUAAGGAAUCGUUCCAGUGGACGAAGUGUGUAGUGAAGUAUUUGUAUGACACCUACGCACAUAUGGGUCUGCACAUGCUAGCGUUUCUAACGGAAGUUCUAGAGAAGGGCUGGGUACAAGUACAGCUGCAAGUGCUGAGCGUAAUUCACUGUAUGCUGCAUUACGUCGAUUUGUCUGCCGUUACGGUGCAACCGAUCGCUGGCGACAUGUUGCGGAUUAUUUCGAAAUAUUUGGAUAGUCCCAACUGGAAAGAAGCUCUGAAGAUUCUUAAGUUUGUGGUAACGCGCAGCUCGAGUCUUCAAGUUGUUCCGCAGUCGUCUGAUGGUGGCUCGUCCUACGCCAAUCUGCACGGAAGUUUCAGCGAUUCCGAGGUAUUUUGCAAAAAAGAACUCGCCGGGCGAACGAUGGAAUUUUCGUUCGACGUUUCGCAAACACCACUGAUUGGGCGUAAGCUGCUGCUUAAAUCCGAUCACGAUCCUAACCCUUCAAACCCCGGUGUUGUCGGUGUACACGUGGGCUCCAAAGGAUUUAAUGGCUCUAGCAAUGCUGCCGCAUCCGGAGCGCACUAUGGACACGCUGGAACACCAAAUUCACCGCGAAGGAGUGCCAGCUUGUCGCCAGCGGAUACCGCCCCAUUGAGUGGAUGGAAACGGCCAUGGAUGUCACAGGGUCGCGUCCGCGAAUGUCUGGUGAAUCUGCUAACAACUUGCGGUCAACGAGUCGGUCUACCAAAAAGCCCAUCGGAUGAUAUCAUAAGUUCGUUAUAUUCCAAGGUCAUUUUCAGCCAAUCGUCCGACUUGCUGGAGCGUCAAUCGUCAGCUGCAUCAAGCACAGACGAGACCUCGGGUGCUCAACAAGAUCUGAGCGGUGGUUCGAAGCGUGACGACGGUGCACCGGACUUUGGCGUGUUUAAGGACUUUGAUUUCCUCGAGUACGAGAGCGAAAGCAUCGAGGGUGAAUCAACGGAUAACUUCAACUGGGGCGUGCGACGUCGCCCAUUGUCCGAGGGCGAAAACGAACACUCCCACUCAUUCUCCGCGGCUUUGGCGCGAACAUCGCACUCAAAUAUUGAUGAAAGUCUGAGUGAAAAGACACCGGUGCUAAAUCGUAGAAAACGCCCCAAUGCGGAUGACUCGUCGGACGAGGAGAUCGAAUCGGAAUCUCCGCUGGACGAAGAACCGCGACCAAUAUUCACGAAAGCAGCUUACCUUAGUGGACCUCCGACGAGCUUGAGUCUGCGGGAACGACGCCAUCGUCGUGAUUCGGUAUCGCGCAGUGACACUAGUGGCUCCAGUGCCGGUGAUCUCGGCGAUAUCACGCCAUGUAAUGCUUCACCGCAUUUGCCGGGUAUGCAUCCGUUUGGUCGUGCGGGACCCAUACGGGACGAAAGCGUAGAUAUGUGGCGCCGAAAUCUGGUGGGGUUGCUCGUAAACCAACCAACAUCCCAUGCGCCCGAGCUGUUGAACCAGAUGUUCCGUCUGAUCAAAGAACUGACGGGGCGAUCGAUCGCGAUUUCCAAGGAAUGCAUGCGGUACUUCACCGGGUGCGGUGUCCAGCUCGGUCAUCGUAUAUCCGUGCUGUCCGAUCUGCUAGCUACACGCGGUGAUCCACCGAAGAUUUGGUAUCAUAAAAGUCUAGCGACAACGCCACGGCUUUUUGAAAACCUGCGCUACGGUGUGCUGGAGGUGCAGGAGCACCUUGAAACGUUCUUCGACCGAAAAGAAACGGUUCUGGAUAGCCUGGAUGAAGUGAAGACGUCUUGCAAGCUUGCUCUUUUCACGUCGGACAUCGAUUCGGCGAAUGAGGGUACCGGCGGGAACUCCAGUGCAGUCGUUUCUCUAUCGACGUCAACGGAUCCUGCCACGGCCGAGCUGCUGCUGGAUCUCGGGCGUGGUCUGUACAAGCUGAUGUUCCAGCUACUGUUGCUAAUUGAGUCUGAUCAUAAGAUUGCUAUCAGCGUAGUGCAGAACCUGCGCCAGAACGAGCAAAUGCAAGAUCUUUCCAAUCUGUACAUGUCCGUCCGUGGAGCGUUGCUUCGUUGUAUUGAUGAUGCCGAGAUGGAAUCCUUAGACACGUCAACAUCGACGGAAGGUGAAAACACCCCAACUCCUUCGCCCGGGCUACCGAUGAAUAACAGCGAGUUUGAGAACAUCCUGGUCGAGCUCAUCGACAACCAGCGGUGGACGGCAGCCAUAAAUCAUGUUAAACAGCACAAACAACUAUCAAACCAUUCGGCGUCAAACUACAACCUCUCCGGGGGUGGCGCUGCUGGUUUAAUGUAUGCUUCUGCCGGCAGCAACACCACUAUCGGUUCGGUGUCCUGCGGGGCUGGUGACGGACUGUUCACCAACCUUGGUGCGGAUUUAAAAUCCGUCGAUGAUUUAUCAAUUAUUUUGAACGUUUACGCCCAUCGGCUGACGAAAGAUAGGAACGAUGUAUUUAUCGUAUCUCGGUCGGAAUUUGAGCUUGGUGAAAUCUAUCAAAUUCUCAUGGAAAACCUGCUGCAUGUAUCAUCUGCCCUGUCCAACAUGGAGAUCAGCAUGAAAGCCAACACGAGCUCCAGCUCUUCGACCGUGACAACCAUGACAACAAUUCCCGUGGCGAUCGGUGGCGUUGGUUCUAGUGGAACAGGUGUCAACAUGAUGGGAGUAGGAGUUGUCGGCAAUGUCCACGCAGGAACUCAGGUGAGCUCGACAAACUCGUUAAGCGGUGCGACACAGGACAGCAGCCUAGCUCCACCACAGCCACCACCGACCGUGCUGGCACCAACAAAUCCUUUCAAGGACACGGUCGAUAUCAUCACGACGUUAUAAGCCAUCGGGAAGCCCGACUUGGACACCCUCCCGUUAAAUCACCAUCGCACAUAAUGCUGAUCAACUGUGGUCGGCAGAAGGGAGCAGAAAACGCUGGCAAAUGGUGGGUACAGAGGGUGGAAAUUAUUGCUUGCAAAUUCGGUUUCCUUUCGGUUUUCGGAUGCCGCAAUGGCACAUUUUUUACUCCCCGCUCUAGAUAUGUCUUUGACAAGCGAAUCGGCCCCGUUUGCUUUCAGUAACGGAGCGUGUGACGAGCGAACGAUGGUUAAAGAAGAUGGUAGGAAUUUUAUCGUUGUACGAAAACAGAAAAUCAAUUUAUUUAUUCUCCCCGUUUUCUGCUGUGAACGCGGCUUUUUCUGUGAAGUUUAAUGAGAACACCGUGACUGGCUUUCCGAGCAGUCGCGCAAGUAAUGUGAUGAUCCGAAGCGAUGAUCCGUCUUCGAGAUGCUAACAUAUUCAACGUAAACCGUUAAAUGCAAACUUUGAAGAUCGAAUCGAAACGGAGCGAAGAAAGACGCGUGUGUCAGUAGGCACGAUGCCGGGUGGGCAUUACUCUGGAUUCCAUUUUAAUAAUUUAUCAAUUCAUGCCUCGGACCACUAUCGAGUGCCGUCUGGCCGUGUAGUCUGUGUUUUAGUAUUAUUUAUCGAUUGUGACAAUUAGCGUUAAUACGCCGGCUGAAGAGGUUAACAAGAGAUACGGAGUGUAGUAGUUGAACUGUGGCGGAUAUGAAAGCAACAGGUGAUUGAACAGACGAAAAAAUAAAACUACAAAAGAGUGAGAUAAAACGUGCACCAUGCGCUGUUUGAUGUUUAGUCUUUUGUUGUAUAAGCAUCUUUACGUAAAAUAAAUUCAACUGAGCA